AUGCUAACAAUGGCUUUUUAUGAGGCCAACGAAAGCGAUCCUCUCUUGUCCGGUCACGGCCGCUCCGAUGACGCAGAUAAUCGCAAGGCUGUCCGGCACUCGCGCAUUCGCGAGCUCGGCCUCUUUGUCUGGGCUCUUGUAGCCACCGCCGCAGUCAUCGUCAUUGCCGUCUGGACACAGCAUGAGCAGCAGACGAGGCACGACCGCAAUGUUCCCUCGGCGAAGCGAAACCUCGUUUUCAUGGUCUCUGACGGCAUGGGCCCCGCGCCGCUGUCCUUGACUCGCAGCUACAGGCAGUUCGUCCAGGGCCUCCCUCACGACGACGUCUUGACCCUCGACAAGCACUUUUGGGGAUCCAGCCGUACUCGCUCCAGCAGCUCCCUCGUCACCGACAGCGCUGCCGGCGCGACCGCCUUCUCUUGCGGCAAGAAGAGCUACAAUGGUGCCAUCGCCGUCCUGCCAAACCACGACCCCUGCGGAACCGUGCUCGAGGCUGCGAAACGCGCCGGAUACCAUACCGGUCUCGUUGUUACAACCAAAAUCGAGGAUGCUACACCUGCAUGUUUCAACUCCCAUGUCAGGGUCCGAGAAAUGGAGGACGAGAUCGCUCUCCAGCAGAUCGGCGAGGGCGCCCUUGGACGGACUGUAGACCUUAUGCUUGGUGGUGGCCGAUGCAACUACCUCGCCAAGGGAACUGAGGGCAGCUGCCGAGCCGACGACACGGAUGUCAUCAAACUUGCCACUGAGAAGCACAAUUGGACUUACACCGAUAGCCGCUCUGGCUUUGAUGCCCUCAAGGGCGGCGAGAACGUCGAACUUCCCUUCUUUGGGCUCUUUGCACCCUCUGACAUUCCCUUCGAGAUUGACCGCCGAAACCUCAACGACAUCUACCCUUCUCUGAGUGAGAUGGCCACGACUGCUCUUCGCGCUCUUGAGAAGGCGACCGAGAAGAGCGACAAGGGCUUCUUCAUCAUGAUCGAGGGCAGCAGGAUCGACCACGCCGGCCACAUUAACGACCCGGCGGCUCAGGUCCACGAGGUCCUCGAGUACGACAAGACCUUCAAGGCCGUUCUCGACUUCAUCAAGCAGAGCAAGACUGAAACCGUCCUUGUCGCCACCAGCGACCAUGAAACUGGUGGUCUCGCCACCGCCAUCCAGGAACCCGGUCACCUCCCAGUCUAUAACUGGUACCCCAAGGUCCUUGCCAACGCUACCGCCUCGGCGGAGUGGCUUGCGGCCAAGCUCCACGCCCAUCUUGCGUCUGAGUCUGAGUCGAAGAAGGACCUGGAGAAGCUCAAGAAGUAUAUCAACGAGGAGCUCAUCAUCCGCGGCCUUGGUAUCUCCAACGCCUCGGACAAGGAGAUCACCACCAUCGCCGAGCACCCCGAGAGCGCUCUUGUCCUCUUCUCGGCCCUCAUCUCCCUGCGGGCCCAUGUCGGAUGGAGCACCCACGGCCACACGGCCGUCGAUGUCAACAUCUACAGCUCUGGCGGCCCGGGCACUGACGCCAUCCGAGGCAACGUUGAGAACACUGACGUUGGCAAGUUCCUGCGCGAGUACCUCGAUGUCGACGUGGAUGUCAUUACCGAAGAACUCAAGGAGAAGAUGGACAAGUCUCUUCUUAAGGGUUCAGAUGAACUAGAUGAGGAAUCGGUUCUUGGCAGUGCCGAGUACCACGUCCUCGCAUCGAUCUAG